AUGCUGCUGUUGGCAUUGUUCGCCUUCAUAUCUAGAGCACAAGGAGAUGGAUUUGGUAAGAAAUCUGAAUUCAUUGACAUCCGUUUUAGACUUCUCGAAGUCGAGGAAGUUGCUUGUUCAUCGGAGAGCUUGACUGUUAUACUCAAUAGAUCAGAUCCAGACAUUGCACGCUGGAUGAGCGAUCCAAAAGCACAACCCGUGGUAUACGUUUAUGGCCAUAAGACACUUGUUCCUUGUGGUACAUCGCUGAAGAAUGAUAAAGGACAGAAAAACUAUAAUCUUUCAAUUCCUUAUGGAAAGCAUUGCGAUGUUCAUCUAGCUGAUCUGGAACCGAAUUACCGAACAGCUGAAACUACAAUAGCUCUCGAGGAUAAUGUCGACACUAGCGCUUCGAAAAUCAUACGAAUUAACCAUGUAUUCUGUCUAUACACACGAAGUGUACAAACAAUCAGAUACAGCGAUGUCUCAACUGCACAUGAGGUACUUGCUUCUACUGGAGGAAAGCCAAAGCCAAAAGUUGAAAUGAUGUUUCGAAGCAUUGAUGGCAGGCCGCUAAGAACUGCAAAAUUCGGCGAUACAGUGGAAUUUUACGUGGCUCUCACUCCUGAUAAAGCUUACCAUGGUAUCUCACCGAAAGAAUGCAUGUUUAGCGAUAGAGAAGAUAUGCUUUCUCCGGAUGCUCGGCAUCUGACAUUCGUGCAAAGCAGCUGCCCCGUAGCCGAAAUGUCGGAGAUAAUUGAUCCGCUGGCAAACGUCAACGAGGAGGUAUACUUCUCCAAGUUCAAAACGUUUCGUUUCGGCAAUCAAAGCACGGUAUUUGCUCAAUGCACAGUACAAGUAUGUCUUGAUGGAGCGGAAUGUGUACAGAACUGCUUCAAACGGAUAUCGAACUCGAAUUUGACGGCUGAGCGGCUUCGAUUCCGUCAUCGAAGGUCUCCAAAGCUGCCAUACAGUAAGACUGAUUUCUACGAACAAGUUUCUGUACGCGAGUCAUUAACGAUUCUCGAUGAGCUGGAAACAGAAGAAGUGACAUCUAGAUCAUCAGAGCAAUGCCUAAUGACAGCAUCAAGACUUCCCUCUUCGCUCAUUUUCUUCAUAUCUGUGCUUUUGAUGCUAUGCCUCACUUCUGCAUGUGUGGCUAUUUAUCUAGGCUAUAAGCUUUUAAGGAUGAGAAAGGAAACCUCAAUCGAUAUCUACUCUGUCUACUCUUCAUCACUAGGCACAGCGGGACGGUCAUCUUGUACACCCAUUCAUGGCAGCUUCAUGCCGCAGCAAUACGCACAUCGAUUAGAUGACGGCUAUCGAUAA